AUGGGAAUCCUCCUGGACUAUAAUCAGACUACGCCCCAAAUACUUCGAAAAUGUCUUAGUGGUAUUUUGCUUCGUUACGAUUACGGUGUUGUUUUCCGGGAAACUGUCUACGGUUGCACAAAGAAACGCAUCGCAAAUAUCGGUAACAUUCGCGAUAAUGGAGACUCAGAUGAUAAGAAAGAGAAAAAUAGAUAUGUAUCCCUCAUGAGGAGCAGAAAAGAAAAGAAAACAAACGUAUACCCGAAAGGGUUCAUAAUAUUUCUAUUCCGGAGAUACAUAUUAAAUGGGCGAGUGCAUAAUUCAUCACGGGUCUUACAAAUUACUGGCACUCUCGAAGUAAGAAUUAUGGGCGACUUCGAAUGCAUGUGUGGUGUAUGCGAAUGCUUUAAGGUAGCGUUGAAUUCAAAUGUCCUCGAACGUGCCAUAACCAUGGGAUCUGGUCGGAAUCGGUCAUUCGAUAGCGAAUUUGAGAGAGACAAGGGACAAUAUUUUGAGAAAAGUAAGCGCUCUUCGAACUUCGUUACAGGGAUGCGUGCUCCCAGCUUGCCCUCAAUUCUAUGUACUGAAUUGACAACAUCCAACCUGAAAGACACUAGUCAAUUCAAUAGCGUAGGAACCAUGAAAAUUGUCGCACAUGUCUCACGCGAUACCAUACCCAUGUACUGCACUAUUCACUCAUUAGGACUAGCUCCUUUCUCACCUUACAAUACACUCGUACAAUCCACUUUGUUUGGAUUUCAAUACCUUCUCAUGCAAGAAAAAUUAACAUGCUCAAUAGGCGACAAUUUUGAUCUAUGGUAUAUAUCAUGGUCAGGAAGAAGAAUAGAUGUUAUGAUGGUGUUGGAUCUCGACUCUAAGCUGAGGAAGAGCGUGUUCACGCAGAGCUUUUGCAUUUCUCCUAAGGCUGCAAUUUACGACGAGUAG